GCAAACCAGUCUUGGCUGUGGAUACAGGGGAGAAAGCAGCAGGCUGAGUAUCGUGGGCCUUCAUGGCAACGCUGAUGGUUCUGGUUCUGGCUCUGGUCCUGCGGCGCUCGGCAGCUUUGGAAGUGAAGAUGGAUGGGCAGACUCAAAGAGUGUUCCUGAAUGGUAAUGUCACCAUCAUCUGCAGGAUCCCUGGAUCCCAACAACUGAACAUCAGAACUAUGGGUGUUGUCUGGUAUAGGAAGAGUCCAAUGAAUGAUACAGAGGUCAAGGUGUUAGAGCUUGUUGGACACGACCAAAAGGCAUUCCGAUCAGGAGCCAUUGUGUCUCCACGGAACCUGACGAUGGGGGACGCCUCACUGCAGCUGCCUGGAGUCCAGCUAAGGGAAGCAGGAGAGUACCGAUGUGAGGUGGUGGUCACACCUGAGAAGGCACAGGGAACAGUCUGGCUACAGGUUAUAGCUUACCCAGUCAGCAGCUUGUAUGAGGAUCCAGCUACAGUGAAAAAUAAUGAAGACAAACAUUUUUUGUGUACGUCAAGUUGGUUCUACCCAAAGGACAUUAACAUAACGUGGUAUAAAAGGACCCAGGAGGAUCACCAGUAUGAGCAGAUUUCUGAGGGCAUCAGCACCGAUUCAGCUGUCAAGAAUAAAGAUGGCACCUUUAAUAUCACUAGCCAUUUGAGGCCGAAGUCCCCUCUGCAGGGCAGUAUGAUCGUCUUCAAAUGUGUGGUAGUGCACAUUUCCUUACCUACCUCUCAGAGUUACAACUUGACUCUGAAUGCAAUAGCAGAAUCUCAGAAGUCAACUAGCUCGUGGAUUGUUGCUGUGACAGUCUGUUUUGGAGGAAUUGGAGUGUUAAUAAUUGGGGUGUUAUUUUUGUGUCUUUGGAAAUGGUAAGGGGUGCCAAAACAAAGUUUAGCCCUGUAUUUUGGAGUUGGCUCUGGGAGUUCAGGGAUCAUAGCCAGUGGAUGGUGUUGGGGCGUUCUCUGGAUUGAUGCUGGGGGAUUCUAAGUGUUGUGCGUGUUUGUGAUGUCUGGCUUUUUCUGAUGUUGUGUUGGGGAAGAACUUUCUCAUCUGGUCUGCGUGUGGUGGCUUGUGAUUCUGGAGAGAUGCAUUGUAAAGCCCUUCUGCCUCUUCAUAAUAUACAGUCUCCUUGUGAUCCACACCUCACAUUAUGAGUUCAGACCAGGCCUUUGAAUCAUAUGUGGGCUGCACUGUUACUCUCACACAGAGAAACCAUGGCUCAGACGGGAAUUCCUUCCCCCAGGAGCUCAUAUUUUGUUACUACCUCAAUGGGAUAACUUACCACAAGAUUUCACCAGGUAAACCAAGAAUUUCUAACCAUCAAUAGGUGUUUCCAAACUAAGACAUGUUUCCAAACAUGUGUAUCCCUAACUGGGGUCCAAAUAACAAAUAAAACAGCUGAAGCUGUAGAGGCCCAAGAGUAAACAUGUUGGCUAAAAUGAUUCUAGAUAACAAAAUUGCCCUCACUUGUUUAUGGGCCAGCCAAGGCAGAAUCUGCAGUAGCUAAUACAUCUCAUUUUAAAUGCUUUAGGAAAAGUAGAAUAAUCAGUUAAUCAAGAUAAAAGGCUGUUUGUUUAUCUAAAGUUGGCCAGCUGAUUCAUGGGACUUAGUCUCCUGAUUGGACUUAGGCCAAUGUGAAAACUGGAUGGAAAGUGGUGUUCAAAUGUUUCAAAUGUGAAUGUUUUCACAUUUCUUGUCUUCCUCUGGCUUGUGGUAUCCAGGUGCUCUCAUCGUCGCCGCCAAUCAACAUUUGGCAAUGAAACUUAUUGAAAAAAGAGACUAAAGCCUUCAUGA